GACCGCCUGUUAUCGCAGAAUGCGGCUGUGAAAUCGACACGAGAUUGUUAUAACGAUGCGCCAACAUCUGUGAUAGUAAUUGCUCUAGUUACAUAAGGAUACUGAAAUUUAUUUUAGAUACAUAAGUAUAUGUUCAGUGAAGUGUUUUGAUAUUUUCUUGUGCUAAUAGAUAAAACUAAGUGAUUAUUUUCAUGAGUACAUCGAUUUACUGAAGACUGGAUUUCUACUAAAACAACAAGUCACCAAAAGCUGAAACUAUUGAACCGAGGAAUUGUAACAAAGAGAGCGUAUCGGCUGUAGUGAAUUUCGCACAGCAUCAGCAGCCUCGUUGAGCGUCGGAGACGACGCAGAUUCCAGAGCCGUCAUCAGCGGGGAUAACCCCGCCGCGUGGAUGGUGGCGGGCGAAUGGGGCUAUGCGCCGGCGUCGGCCACCCCCGCCAUGAAUGCCUUCCUCGAGACCAACCACGCACACCUCGCCUCCUAUGGGCUGAAGAUGUCGCCGCAGCCGGCGUGCGGCGUGGGCGCCCAGCACCGCGCCGCCGCGCCGCAUCCGCCGCCGCCGCACCACCCGCCGCACUACCAGCCCUACCCGCUGCACUCCUACCAGCCCGGUUACCUGCGCGACUACAGCGGCUGCGGCGAGCUCUUCCCGCAGCAGCCGCUCGACCAGAGCUGGGACUGGCGAGGCGACGCCGUGCACUACCAGGGCGGAGCGCCUCCUCUAGUGCCGCACGCGCAUGCGCACGCACCUCAUGCCUUCCUCCGCUACGUGCGCGCGCCGCCGCGCCGGGACAUGCGGUGUCAGUGGCUGGAUCCUGAACAACCGCCACCGAGAAAAUUGUGCAACAAACUGUUUUCGAGCAUGCACGAGAUCGUGACGCACCUGACGGUGGAGCACGUCGGCGGCCCCGAGUGCACGACACACGCGUGCUUCUGGCAGGGCUGCUCGCGAAAUGGACGACCAUUCAAAGCGAAAUACAAAUUAGUGAAUCACAUACGCGUGCACACUGGAGAGAAACCGUUUCCCUGUCCUUUCCCCGGCUGCGGCAAGGUGUUCGCGAGAUCAGAAAACCUCAAAAUACACAAAAGAACACAUACCGGAGAAAAACCCUUCAAAUGCGAGUAUGCGGGCUGCGACCGACGGUUCGCGAACUCUUCGGACAGGAAGAAGCAUUCACACGUGCAUACGUCAGACAAGCCGUACAACUGCCGCGUCCACGGCUGCGACAAGUCGUACACGCAUCCCUCCUCGCUGCGCAAGCACAUGAAGGUGCACGGAGCGGCGGGCGACGCGUCCCCGCGGUACGACAGCGACGGCGACGACUCCUCGUCAGCCGGCAGCGUGAGCGUGACCGCCGGCGCCGCCAGCCCCGCCGCGCCCCUGCCCCCGCCGCCGGCCCCCGCGCCGCAGCACCACCCUCACCACCACCCCUCCAUCACGGACAAGCUGGAGAGCCUCAACGACAAAUACCUCAACCCACACGACCAAAAGUCGUACGAGCGACCGCCGGCCCCGCCGCAUCACAACCAACCUCCUCAUCUCACUAACAUCGGAGGAAACGGCGUGAUGGACAACAAGCUGGGCUUCGGCGGCCACUGGACGCAGUUCCAGCAGCCGGCGCCGGCGAUGCCACACGGUGUACCCGACUGGUGGUGCCCCACGCAGGAGUCCUACCACCACCACCACUUGAUGCACCACUCGGGCGCGGCCGCCGCCUACUGACCGCAUCGCGCUUAGCGAACUCUUCAUUCGACGAAUUAGCAGUAUUCAGCCGACAUGAGCACCAACAAUCAUUACAUGCUUGUUAAGGUUAGGAAAUAUUUUGAUUACUAGAUGAUUGGUACUCGAGCGUGUCUACAACAGACGUGGAAUGAAAAGUUCACUAAUGCGCUCCGGAACAGUAUUGUUUUCAAUGUGUACGCUUAUUAUAAAUCUAAUUAGUCCAUAGUCAAUCCGACCAUUUCUAAAUCAUCGCCAAACGUCAGCCGUCCGAGAGAUAUUUAAUAUUUGGGUCUACUGUUAAGAAAGAGUUAUUUGAAAGCGUGGUGACAAUGUAAACUGUGAACAAUAGAAUCUUAUGUCACAGGUUCUGUUGUUUGCUGUAAAACACUGAGUUGUAAACAAUGACCGCUAUUUGAAUGCUUUACAGCACGUCAUAUAUUUCCUGUAAACAUUUUAACGAUGAAAAGUGUCUUAUUAUUUUUUGGAACACGAUUUCUUUAUUGAAUAAGUAUUGUGUGUUGGGAGCAUUUUUGAUGUCCAGGGACACGAUGCACUGUGCACUGUACAACAAACAAUUUUGUCAACUUACUGCAAUUGUUGACAGUGAUUUAUUGUAGCCUUUGUGUAAAGAUUCGUACAAACAGAUGUAUUGCUAAAUGCGAACCGAAAAUAAUUAAAUGUUCAUACGUUUCAGCUUUACACAUAGAUAAUUAUAUAUACAGUAAACUUGUUAUGGAAUACUUUAAAUUCACUUAUGAGCAGGUAUAUUAUAAACAGGCAACAUUGUCGGCGACGACAGACGUAGGUACUACUAAUAGCAAAUAUGAAACGAGACUUGUAACAUAAAAUUAUAAUGAUCAGCAUGGCCAAAGCACCGAAGUCUAAUAAAAACUACGAUUUUAUAGGUUGUAAAAUGUAUGUAAAUUCAUAGUUUUAAGUUAGAUAGUACGCUGUAAAAUAUAUUAUAUUUAAGGAAAUGCCCAGUGAUAGUAGAGAUAAGGGUUUUAUUUCUUUGUACAUUUCACACAAGUGUUGCUACUUCAUCGUGCUAUGGACUCUUGAACUAUAUUAUGAAUAUUUAUAUUGAACAUAGUGCUAUUUUUUCACGGACCGACGUUUUAGAUAGUGAAAGAAGUUAAAAGUGUACCUAUAUUAUUACCUACCUAUUUGACUGAGAAAACAUUACGUAUUUUAAGUUAUUUUAAGAUGAAAUUGUUGUCUUUUCUACAGCCGUGUAAAUAGCAAGAAAUAAAAUAAACAAAUAUUUCGAUUUCA